AUGCCCGUGCUGCCCCUUGAUGUUUACACAGGUGGUUCGCCCAGACCUAACUGUCAUCCUGUUUCGACAACAGCACCAUUUGGCCAGGAUGUUGACCUGGCAUUGCCCUUUUGGCCCCUUAACAGCCGGACCGACGCCUUGCUCGUCUGUUAUUUUGCUAAUCAACUGUCUUCAUGGUUUGACUACUGCGACAAGCACCGGCACUUCAGUACGACUGUUGUACAGGCUGCCGCGAGCCAUCCGAUACUUUACGCUGCCAUUCUUGCUAUAUCCUCGAAACAUCUUAGUUUGUCACAGAAAGCGGAUGCUUUGGCAGCAGAUCGAUACCAGGCAAUAUGCCUUGAGCAUCUGAUCCCUGCCCUCGCGAAUCAGGAUGGCAAUCUCGACAACGGAUAUCUCUGUGCAGCAAGUAUGAUACUGCGGCUUUACGAAGAAAUGACUGUCCCUGGCCCCGAUGAAAGGCCGUAUGGUCACACCCUCGAUGUCGAUAUUUUCACCAUGUCACAAGACCCGAUGCAAAGCAACUAUAGCCUUUGUCGGGCAUCCCUGAUGAUCGCCGUACGUCAAGAGAUAUUCAUCUCCUUUAGUACUCGGAAACCCCCGAGGGCACUAGGUCGGCAGUGUGGGAUCACCAGGAGCACCGAGCCGGCCGACGACUACACAUGGGUAUGGAGGAUGAUCAUUCAUACAGAAGAUGUUCUGUCUUAUGUCUACGGGGAACCUCUGCAUCGACGACAGGAAUGGGACGAGUUGAACAGUUAUCUAGAUGAGUGGACUGCAAAGAGACCACCAUCGUUUAACCCUGUUUGGCACUCCGAGCCUAGCGAGAGCGUGUUUCCGGAGAUUUGGUUUGCAAAUGACUUCCAUGUAGCAGGGCAGCAGUAUGCGGAUAUAUGCCGUAUACUGUUAACAGCAAAUAACCCUCGCAUGCCAUCUCUAGGACUCGACCGCUUACAGCGUUCCAGAUCUGCCGAGGAGCAGAUCCGGGGUCUUGUGCUCAAUCUUUGUGGAGUCGCUACUUGCAACACGCAGUAUCCACCAGCCACGUUCACAGCCGGAAUGGCCAUAGCGGUUUGUGGUGAUCGGUUCACCUGUCGCAAAGAGCAGAAGCAGCUUAUCGAGGUGGUCAGAGCCGCAGAGUCACAUAUGGGAUGGGCAAUACUGAAACAAGAAAAUCGCUUGUGUGAGCUUUGGGGCUCGGACAAUCCAUUGGAGUGA